AUGCCUGCGGGUAUGUUCACCAUCGACAACAUCCUGGCCGCCAGACCCCGCUGCAAGGAGUCGGUCCUGCUGCACCAGGGCGCCGCGCCUGUGGUGUUCUCCAACCUGCAUGGGGACUCCCUCUACGCCACCGAUUACAGCGGAUUUUACUCCCGAGCAGUGGCCCCCGCUUCCAAUCUGCCCGCGGUCAGUGGAUCUAGGAUUGCCUACAACAACUACUACUACGGGCAGCUGCAUGUGCAGGCGUCCCCCGUGGGUCCUUCGUGCUGUGGGGCCAUGCAGCCUCUGGGCGCGCAGCAGUGUUCGUGCGUCCCUGCAACAGGCUACGAGGGUACUGGGUCAGUCCUGAUGUCGCCUGUGCCCCACCAGAUGUUGCCGUAUAUGAACGUGGGCACCUUGUCCCGGACUGAGCUGCAGUUACUGAACCAGCUGCACUGCAGGAGAAAAAGACGACACCGAACUAUUUUCACUGACGAGCAGCUGGAAGCUUUGGAAAACCUCUUCCAGGAAACUAAAUACCCAGAUGUGGGCACCCGGGAACAGCUGGCCAGGAGGGUGCAUUUAAGAGAGGAAAAAGUGGAGGUUUGGUUCAAGAACCGCCGGGCAAAAUGGAGAAGGCAAAAGCGAUCCUCUUCCGAGGAGUCAGAAAACGCACAGAAAUGGAAUAAAGCUUCCAAAACGUCCCCAGAAAAGAGGCAAGAAGAAGGGAAAAGUGAUUUGGACUCCGAUAGUUGAUACCUUGCA